CGCCUCCAUUUCUCUCCCCGGUGGUGGUCAAUCCCAGCCCCGCCUCCCCUUCCCCGAACCUUCCCCCCCUCCGCCUCCGCCUCCCUCUACAAAGCCCACUCGCCGCCUCGCCUCGCCGCGCUGCGCCGCCACCAUGGGCUCGUCGGCUGACUCGUUCCCGGCCUCCGGGGAAGUAAACGGCGGCAUGCGGGACGCGUGCGGCGUCGGGGCGGGGGAGGAGGAGGACGACCCCUCCUCCCUCUUCCUCUACCUCUCCGACCUCGCCCCCGUCUCCCCCUCCGCCGCCUACCUCGACCUGCCCUCCUCCCCGUCGCCGCUCCUCCCCGCCCCCGCGGAGGAGGGCGGCAAGCAGGCGCGGGAGGAGUCCACGCCGGAGGACCUCGUGCUGCCCUUCAUCUCCCGGAUGCUGAUGGAGGAGGACAUCGACGACAAGUUCUUCUACGACUACCCCGACCACCCGGCGCUGCUCCAGGCGCAGCAGCCCUUCCUCGACAUCCUCUCCGACCCUUCCUCCUCCGCCAACUCCGACGACCUCCGCCUCUCCCCGACCUCCUCCUCCGACGCCUCCGUCUCCACCGCCCUCCCCCGCACACCCGCCGCCGUCAACUCCUACGCCGCCGCCGCCGCCGCGCCGCGCUAUGGGGGCAGCGUCGAGGUCGACCCGCCCGCGGUCCCGCAGUACGGCGGGGGCAUCGAGCUCGAUCCCGCCGCCUUCUUCGCCGCCGCGGCUGGGGCCAACUCCGACCUCAUGAGCUCCGCCUUCCUCAAGGGGAUGGAGGAGGCGAACAAGUUCCUGCCCACCGAGAACAAGCUCGUCAUCGACCUCGAGGCGUCCUCCGAGAACUACCUCAGGGGCGUCGAGGAGGCCAAGAGGUUCCUGCCCAGCGACGACAAGCUGCAGGUCGGAUUCAAUGCCCGCUCUGUUGCUCCGGGCACCGCCGCGGCAGCGCCUGUGGUGAGCGUGAAGAAGGAGUCGGUGGACGUGGUGGUGGCCUCCAUCGGCGGCGGCCGAGGGCGGAAGAACCCGUACGACGACGAGGAGCUGGAGCUAGAGGGCGGCAGGAGCAGCAAGCAGACCGCCGUGCAGGGGGACGAUAUCGCCGCGCGGGCCAUGUUUGACCAGGUGAUGAUGCCCUCCCAUGAGAAUUGCACUGAGAUGAUGGAGAAGCUGCGGAUCGCCAUGCAGGAGGAGGCGGCCAAGAAUGAGGCUGUCAGCGGGAAGGGUGCAAACGGUAAGGUGAAAGGGGGCCGCCGGGGUGGGAAGGACAUCGUGGACCUGCGCACGCUGCUCAUCCACUGCGCGCAGGCCGUGGCCACUGACGAUCGCCGGAGCGCCACCGAGCUGCUGAAGCAGAUCAAGCAGCACGCAAAACCGACAGGCGACGCAACGCAGCGCCUUGCGCAUUGCUUUGCUGAGGGCUUGCAGGCGCGCCUCGCUGGCACGGGUAGUCUGGUACACCAGUCUCUUAUGGCUAAGCGCACCUCGGCCGUGGAUAUACUCCAAGCAUACCAGCUGUACAUGGCCGCCAUCUGCUUCAAGAAGGUGUCCUUCAUGUUCUCCAAUCACACCAUCUUCAAUGCCUCCUUGGGUAAAAAGAAGAUACAUAUUGUUGAUUAUGGUAUACAAUAUGGGUUCCAGUGGCCAUGCUUCCUAAGGCGGAUAUCGCAAAGGGAGGGUGGGCCACCAGAGGUGACGAUCACCGGCAUUGACCUCCCCCAGCCUGGUUUCCGCCCAACCGAGCGAAUCGAGGAGACAGGGCGCCGGCUCAGUAAAUAUGCCCAGGAGUUUCAUGUGCCAUUCAAGUACAAUGCUAUUGCAGCAACUAAGAUGGAGUCAGUCCGUAAAGAGGAUCUGAACAUUGCUCCUGAUGAGGUGCUCAUCGUGAAUUGCCAGUAUCAGUUUAGGACCUUGAUGGAUGAGAGCGUUGUGAUUGACAGCCCGAGGGAUAUUGUGCUCAGCAACAUCAAGAAGAUGCAGCCUCAUGUGUUCAUCCAUGCAAUAGUGAAUGGCUCAUUUAGUGCACCGUUCUUUGUGACACGGUUCCGGGAGGCUUUGUUCUAUUACUCAGCCUUGUUUGAUAUUCUGGAUGCAACUACCCCAAGGGAAAGUGAACAGCGGCUGCUGAUUGAGCAAACCAUCUUUGGGCGAGCUGCUCUGAAUGUCAUUGCGUGUGAGGGAACAGAUCGGGUGGAGCGUCCUGAGACAUACAAGCAAUGGCAGGUGCGGAAUCAACGGGCUGGCUUUAAACAGCUGCCACUGAAUCCAAACAUUGUUCAGAUAGUGCGGGACAAGGUCAAGGACUGCUACCACAAGGACUUCGUGAUAGACAUAGAUCACCAAUGGCUCUUGCAGGGAUGGAAGGGCCGCAUACUCUAUGCCAUCGCAACAUGGGCACCAAAUGAUGCUCUCUCUUAUUUUUAGUUGCUUUUGUUUUCUCAUGGUGACAAAUAUAGCUCUAAGUAUUUCAAUAAUAAAGGUAGUAGCAGUAUGUCAUGUAUGAAGAUCAAUGGUGUUGGUGUUGGUUUGAUGAACCAAUGACUUGAGGCUAUGUGGAAGAUGGGUAGCCCAAGUUGUUGAAGCCAUGAGAUAACUGGCACGCAUGUAGAUAACCAUGGUUUUAUGCGAUGUGAAUUAGUUGUUUCUGCUGUCAUGCUGCAGCUUACUGCCACUUAGAAAAUAGACUUGAGGUCCUGGUCUGGAUGAUGUUCGCUGCAGCAUCACCGGUCCUUGCGAUCAAUCCGGUCAGUUGAUCCAGUUGUAAUUGACACUAGUUACUCUGUUUUUAGGUGCUUACUGCACUGUGGCAGACAGUAACAUUGUAAUAUGCGCAAAACGUUGAACUGGGUUUUGGCUAGCCUUAUGCUGUUGUGUACCUGGGAUUAUCUUUUUAUUUGAUCCACUCAUGAUCCAUGUUACAACAGCGGAUCAAACAAUUUUGCCC